CCAAGAACAGUUUAACCGGCGCUUCGUCCAUCGUUUCUGCUGCUUUUUUGAUCAACUAUGUUUCUUGUUGUACACUUCAUCGAGAAGAAUGAGGUUGAGAUCGUCCCUGCGGGUUAGGUCAGCGGCACAACUUGCAAAUGGCCGAGGGUGGCAUCGCACAAGGUUUAACAGAUGGUCAAAAGGAGCUCCCCUUCACAAGACUCCUGGGAUGUCUACGAUGUGGAUGUUAAGGGAGUCUUCGACAGUAAUAGCGCUCACCUAUGAGGAAGCACGGGCCAAGCUAAAUCGUCUCCAAUACACGUCUGACAUCACCAGUGGCCCUGACGAAAACACACGAAAGAGAAAGCGGUGUCCACCACAGCGCUACUUGACAGAGUCGUCUGAGGAAGAUGUCGCAGACAAAUCAACAAAGAGAAGGCGUACACGCCCCCUGCUUUCGGAGUCAAGUGAUGACUCUCUCUCUGUACCUGAUCCGCCCCCCAUCCCUGAAACAUUUCCACAAGCAAUCUCAACAAGAAGCCGACCUGAUGCAUCCACAUCAGCAGAUGGUCAUCAAUUUGUCGGAUUUUCAUCGCAGGCCGAGGUGGAAGCAUACGAAGACCAGAAUCCUUCUCUGCCCUUUGAUGACACCUCUCAACAACAGCUACAACUGAGUCGCAUGUCUAAUCCGGGGUCCUUGACACCUUCAGCUGUUCCAUCUCCACUCACCGAGACUCAGCAACCAAGGGAGGUGUCUCGACAGAGGCGACAGCUUAGGCAGCAGUCUUCCGGAGACGAAUUCCAGAAACAAGUCCUCAGGACCCUCUACAUGGUGCGUGUGGCCCAACAGCAGCAUGGUGACAUGCUCCAAGAACUGUGCAGCCGCAAAACGCAUUCUGAAGAUUAUGCUCGCCCACCCCCUGGCACUCAUUGCUUCCCCGUUCGGAACAUCAGCCCAGCUUGAAGAGUUUAAUUCAUCGCUAAAUGAGAACAAAAAGGAAUGCCUUGUCAAAGAGGUAGCCCAACUUGGAGGAAAUGAAGUGGGGGCAGCAACCCGAACAAUUUUGCAGUACCUGAUGACUUACGAAGUUGCAACUGAAUACAGUUGGAAAGGACAAAAGGGGAAAAGAAGUUCUGCCUUCUUCAUUUUCCUGGAGUGAUUGUUCAGGCAAUAAGGAGGAACAAAAAGUUGACAAGUGCAACGAAAGACGAAGUCGAAGGUGCCAUAAAAAACUGGUUACGCCAUGCCACUGAGAGGGUUAAUGCAAAAGCUCCACGUUGACAGAAGAGACUGUCAUGAGACUGUGAUAUCCUGUGUGUUCAGUUGUACCCCUUUAAUGAAAAUUGGUCCGUUUAGCUCGGAGACUUACCGCUUAGUGUUAGCAGGGAUCCAAAGACACUGAGCCUAUUUUUGUUUCUUCCUUUAUUCAUUAAAUGCAUUUCAUUAGUCAUCUUCUUAGCUCUUGGAACUGUAGCAAAAUUGUUAAUAGGGAAGUUGUAGAGGGCCUCAGAUUCUGUUAUUUGUGAAUAUGUACUGCCAUGGCCACCAUUAAUCAAUCACUCGUUCCCGUGGCCUCGCUUCGAUAAGCGCCCGACUAUCGGAGAACAGCGGAAAGCAAUUGUGCUGUCGGCUCUCACUUUGGGGGCGGUCGGCUGCAGCAGGUAUGGUACUCUUUAUUGACAACACCUGUAAGAGCAGUGCCCAGGCACAAUGAAAGAAGCCCCCAGGAAAUUGUCCACGAAAGUCCCAGAUAAGCAGUCUUCUUUCAUUGUACUUCAGCCGGAUUUUUUUUUUCACCCUGUUCAGCCGGGCUCACAACAAGUGAUACUAUACCAGCACCCGGCCAUCCCCCAAAAUAACAACCGACCGGUCAAAUGCUGUUUUCGCUGUGUUCGCUGUGGAGAGACUUUCGGAGCCUGGCCAUGGAUACCGGAGGUUGGUUAACAUAGCCAUCACAGCACACCCCUUUGUCUUUUUCUGACUCCGAAAAAAAAACACUUCUAAAUCUAAAAGUACCAUGUGACAGUGAGCUUCAGCACUAGUUUUCCCAAUAUAUUUUUAACGAAUGAACACUUUUUGGAAAAUGACUAAUUAAUCUCAGUUAAUGGGUAAACAGAAAUGCUAGGCUGAGGGU